GUGUGAAUGGGUGGGUGUUCAGCAUGUAGAAGCAGCCAGUGUGACUUUGUUUGUGAUAGACAGACUACACCUGAGUCCAGCUGGAGAUACAUACCUGCUACAGGGAUCCACAAUCAGAUACAGUCUGUGGAAAACAGAGCAAGGAGGAGAGACUGAGGUCACUCUCUCUGAGGAGGGAUACGGCCUGGCUGUGGAUGAAUGCAGGGGCAGAAUGUACCAUCAUGACAUCAUCUGUGUUGAGCGUGAAACAGCUACAGUCACCGCCCUCAAGCCGGGUCAUGCGACACUAUCAGUUGAACACAACAAUCUGCCCCCUGAAAUAAUGUCCCAACUCCCUCGCACUUCUGUAUAUGUGGUGAAGCCCAGCUAUAUGACAUUGAGUGUUGAGGAGGAAGAGGACAGGUGGGUGUUGGAGACAGGGCGGCAGUAUUAUUUGACUGUCCGUAUCCAUGACAGCAAGGGCCAUGUGGUUCACCUGUCACAGAAUGUGGUGAUUGCUGUGGAGGAGACUGAGGGGUUAGUGACACUCGAGUCUUUGUCUGAUCCAUCCUGCCAUUUCCUGCAGACCAUCAUGAAAGGAAAGACUUUAAUACAGGCCUCACUUUAUAGCAUCGUCUCUGAGGAUGGUGAAGAGUGGCCUGUCAUCCCACCAAUCAGAGUGCGACAGGAAGUCGAAAUCUACAACCCUCUUACCCUGCAGCCCUCUGUGAUUGUGUUUCCGUGGCAACCCAACAAUAAGCUGUAUCAGCACAAAAUUCAGGUGGAGGGAGGAAGUGGCUCUGUGAAUUGGGAAGUGUCUAAUAGUGGAAUUGCCACAGUUACAGUAAAAGGGGUGGUCCUAGCAGGAAAGAGGAGGGGCCAGGCAGAAAUUCAGGUUUCAGAUUCCAAAAACAUCCUACAUAAAGUAGUCGGGAAGGUGAUGGUUGUAAGGCCUGACCGGUUGCAGCUAAUUCCUCAGAGGGGUGAUUGUCGUGUGGGGGACAGGAUAGAUAUUCCCUUGGCUCUUUGGGGCAUUCAGGACCCACCAAACACCUGCUCUCAGACACCUUAUGUAUUUGAUACACAUUCAAACACUCACAGGAGCACCAGUACAAAUUCUCUGGCAAACUUCUCCGAUACAAAAAAUCCUCAAUGUGGAGAAUCUCUACUGGAGGACAGAAAUCUUGUGGCCGUCACAGACUGCUCUCAACUCUCUCUGGACGUUCACACUGAACCUUCCGGCAUCUUUACACACAUGUCAGGUGCAUCUCCAUCUCUACAAUUGUACAUGGUUCAUCCAUUCACACUCCACUGAUUUCUUCAAUAUUCUCUUACUCUGAUGGCCCUUUCAUUCACCCGCCUGCUCUAAUUGUUUACCUCUGGACAUAUCGAACAUAAAGAAUAAGUGAUCAUCUACUCCCAGUCACACACAGAGACCCCUCACUGCUUACACACACACACACACAGACACCCCCCAUUUAGGAUUUCCUCUCCACUGCACGCACAAAUUAAAAUAGGAUUAAUUAGUUCAUUUCUCUUGGUUUAAUUUAAAGCACUGGGAAAGUCAAUAUGCGCUCUCUCUGUGUAAUCCGGUUAGUACAUUAGCCCGUAAACAUCAAGUUGAUGGAGUGUAUGCGUGUUUGUGUUUGACAGAGGAUUUACGUACCGAUAACUUGCACAGCUGUCUGGCAUGUGAAACCAGCACUUGGAUUGUGAACUUGAACAUUCUUAGAGUCAAAUUUUGGGCUUAUAUUCACAACAGAGACUGCAUUUGUUACACC